AGCCGCUGGCGCCCUCGCGCGCUGCGCUCGCCCCCUCCCGAGUCCCGGCCCGGCGUGCGCGCGCCUUCUUUCGCUGGUUCGCUCUCUCUUCAUUUCUCCCCCUCCCUCCCUCGCUCUCUCUCCUAGAGCUCCCGCGGCCGCCGCUCCCUCACGCUCCCCAAUCUCGGAUAGGCUCAGCCGAGCGAUGCAAGCGGUGGGAGACGGCGACGCCGCCUCCUGCUAGAGCCCUGCCCCCCCCCGGUCCGGCCCCCUACCCAGCCCUGCCCAGCGCGCGGGGGUCGUUGAAGGCGCCUUGGACGCACCGACGGCGGAGCCCCGGCGAUGCACUUGCAAUAGCAGCACCCCCUAACUCACGCCCUCCACACCCCGCGCCGCCGCCUCCGCCUCCGCCUCCUCCUCCGCCUCCUCGGGCAGCCGCGGCAGAAGGACCCACCCUGCCCCCACCCCACCCUCCGCCGGCUCCGGCUGCGGAUCCAGCCUAGACUCUUAUUUUAUUUAUUUUGGGUCGUGCACCAGCCUCAGUGCCUGCAACCCGCGCCUCCUCGGCCCUUGGGCGCCUCUUCCUUCAGCUUGGGAGACCCAGACCCGGGCCACCUUCGCCUCCGCACCCCCAGACCCCUACCGGCUGCCGCGAGUAUCCGCUGCUGGGAUUUUCAUAGCGGCUGUCUGUUUGGGGGUCCCUGGUUUUUUGGCAUUUUUGUUCUCAUCCAAGGAGAAAAUAUCGUGAUUUUUCCCCCUCUGAGCCCAGGCUCUGCUCUCUGGGGGGGUGGGGGGCGCGCCGAGCCGGGGAGCCGAGCCAGCCAAGUCCUGCGGGCUGUGGCAGGGAAGGGGCCACCACCAUGGGAUGUACUCUGAGCGCAGAGGAGAGAGCCGCCCUCGAGCGGAGCAAGGCGAUUGAGAAAAACCUCAAAGAGGAUGGCAUCAGCGCCGCCAAAGAUGUGAAAUUACUCCUGCUGGGGGCUGGAGAAUCAGGAAAAAGCACCAUUGUGAAGCAGAUGAAGAUCAUCCAUGAAGAUGGCUUCUCUGGAGAAGACGUGAAGCAGUACAAGCCUGUGGUCUACAGCAACACCAUUCAAUCUCUGGCAGCCAUUGUCCGGGCCAUGGAUACUUUGGGCAUCGAAUAUGGUGACAAGGAGAAAAAGGCCGAUGCCAAGAUGGUGUGUGACGUGGUGAGUCGCAUGGAAGAUACCGAACCCUUCUCUGCUGAGCUGCUUUCUGCCAUGAUGCGACUCUGGGGUGACUCAGGGAUCCAAGAGUGCUUCAACCGGUCUCGGGAAUAUCAGCUCAACGAUUCUGCCAAAUACUACCUGGACAGCCUGGAUCGGAUUGGGGCCGCAGACUACCAACCCACCGAGCAGGACAUCCUCCGAACCAGGGUCAAAACCACAGGCAUUGUAGAAACUCACUUCACAUUCAAGAACCUCCACUUCAGGCUGUUUGAUGUCGGGGGCCAGCGAUCUGAACGCAAGAAGUGGAUCCACUGCUUCGAGGACGUCACGGCCAUUAUCUUCUGUGUCGCACUCAGCGGCUAUGACCAGGUGCUCCACGAAGACGAAACCACGAACCGCAUGCACGAAUCCCUGAAGCUUUUCGACAGCAUCUGCAACAACAAGUGGUUCACAGACACGUCCAUUAUCCUGUUCCUUAAUAAGAAGGACAUAUUUGAAGAGAAGAUCAAGAAGUCCCCACUGACCAUCUGCUUUCCUGAAUAUACAGGCCCCAGCGCCUUCACAGAAGCCGUGGCUUACAUCCAGGCCCAGUACGAGAACAAGAACAAGUCAGCCCACAAGGAGAUCUACACCCACGUCACCUGUGCCACGGACACCAACAACAUCCAGUUUGUCUUUGACGCCGUGACGGACGUCAUCAUUGCCAAAAAUCUGCGGGGCUGUGGACUCUACUGAGCCCCGGCCCCCUGCCCAGAUGCCCUUGCCCUGCCCACCCCCUGCCCACUCUUCCCUGGAACCAGAGCUCUGCCACUUCUCAGACCACUCUUUGCACUAAAGAAGAAGACCCAAGAGGCUGGCAGCAGGGGGGAGGAGGGAACACCCCUUAUGCACCCCUACCUCCAUCCCUCCAACAGCUGGAUGCGCGGUAACUGGGCUGGGUCGGGUUGCUGAGAGCCGUGCCGUGCACUACGAGGCAGGAGACCUUCUCAUACCACCUGGGUGCUGCUCCCUAGCCACUGCUUUGUCUCUUAGUGUUCAGAGGCUGGGGUGUGGAGUGGGCAAAGCUGGCAUGUGAUCCAGAAUGGACGUGUCUGGCACUCCAUGGCUCUUACAGAGUCCUGAGGCCUCCUGCCAUCCGGGUGUACAGGUGGCAAGAUGGCCUUUCAACAGGGGGCAGGCAGGUUGGAGGGCAGCAGAGCCAUCCUUCAGCUUUGUCUGGCCUCUGUCUGGUUGAGUGCCGCUCUGUCACCAAAAGCCAGGGUGGGGCCAGGCCAACUCUGUGUGAGGUGAGGGCUCAGGUCUUGGCGAGGUCCUCCCAACUCCUCUGGUCAUCCUGCCCUGCCCAUGGCCGAGCCCUAGGCCUGACUUCCCCAGGCCUGGGAUGUUCUGAGAAUGACUGGCUGCAAAGGUGGGUGGCUGGAGUCCAGUGCUGCGCCAGACAGGGAGGAGGAGGGAGGCUCUGGGGUAGGAGGCAGAGGCAGUGGCACAGAGCUCCAGCUGGUCUCUUGGCACAGCUGCCCCAGGUAUCAGUGGACAUAUUUUUCCUUCUUCAGAGAAGCGCUUAUUCUACUGAGCCAUCUCCCCGGUUCCAAUUUUUCCUUCUUCAAAUCAGCAGUAAGACCAACUGAAACCAGUUGGGAUGGGCAGAGGCCUUUGAGCUGGAGGUCCUCAAGGCAGGAGGCCUAGGGGCAGUGUGGACCAUGUCCUGUGGCCCCACUGCACCCCAUCUUGGUCCAGGAGUCAGGAGGCCCUCAUUGUCCUGUCAGCUUCCAACAGCAGAGGAGAAGAGGUAGAGCAAACCAGUGCCCUGAAGUGUGAGCUCUGAGGGCUUGCACUUGGACAUACAACCUGGCCCCAGGAGGGAGGGUCCUAGGACCCUGUGGGUGAGUUCUGCUGCAGAAGUCCCUGCCUAGAGAGGUGGGUGGAUUCUGAUGACCCUGCCCCCCUCCCCAUGCUCCCAGGUGCCUCCCAGGGCCUGAUGCCAUAGCCAGUAGCCCAGGCAGAUGUGCCACGAAAGGGGAGAGGGCUGCCUCCCGAGAGGCCUCUGCCUUCCUCCUCAAGUCCCAUGUUCUGGUAUCCAUUCUAAACACAGCCCUGUCCCAAGCCAGGCAGGAUCCCUGGGCUCCCACAUGCCUUGACUCCCUGGGAACCAGGAAGAGCCCUAUCCCAACAGCUCUGGAUUUGUUGGCUCCAACAGGCACAGAGCUCUGGGUGGUGCAGGAGAUCCAGCGUCCUCCUCUUAUGCCAAAUGCCUGCUCUGUCUGGCAGCUGCCUCUGGUGGCCAGUCUAUAGGAACCAGCCCAUCAGCCCAACUUCUCAUCUAUUCGUUAACCUCCUUGAUUCUCUGAACCUUGUACCAGGUACUGGCACACGGCAGAAGACAAGUCCUUGGAGCCAGUUGUGUCCAUGUCCUGCCAUGAGAGGUUAAGGUCUGUUUAACUAUUUUGCCCAACACUGAGGUCGCUCUGGGUAAGGCCAGCUGGGCCCCUCGUUCCACCCUGAGCCCAGAAUCAGAAAUACCUGAAGAGAAAGAGGUUGGCAAACACCAUCUCUAAAACCAUUGCCUCUGAGGUGGAAGUCACAGACCUGUCCCCCCUGGGUUGUUUAUCUCCCCCAGGGCCAGAGCCCCAUGCUAGAGUCAGGACCCUGGGGGACUCCAUUCCUCCCCUUCUGUAGGACUGGAAGGCGGGUGCUCAGGGCCUUCCUGCCCUCUGUCCUCAGAUGGCCUUUUACUUUCAGAUGCUCUGUGAUGCUCAGUUCUCUUGUGCUGCUUCCCACUCGUUGUCCCAUCCCAGCCUGCAGAGGGAUGGGCCUUUGACUGUCUAUUGUAAGCCCUCAAGGAGAACAGGGAAGAAUUCCUGGGUACCACUAUUCCCAGCCAUGUCGUCACCAGUGCCUCUCCCAUGGGGUGAAGGGUGAGCAGCUGUGGGUAAUGUGAGUUUUGGCUCCGUCGUGGAUAUAUAUGGAUGUGGGGGGACAUGUUAUGAGUGACCAGGCAAGGAUGGAUUUCUUAUCCACAGUGGCCCUGGGUAUGUCCCCAAACAGGUCAUGCCAAACUCUGGCUCUAAUUUAGCAGGCCAAGUAGAAGCUGGUUUUCAGGAAGGUUACCUUUGCCAAGCUGAUGAAAAUGUGCCUAUCACUUAGAUGCCUAUGAGCCAGCUCUGUACCCUGCCCAAUGGCAGCCCCAAGAACCAUGUCUCUGCCUUCUGCCUCACCUCUAAGCAAGCUCCCUCCUGAGAGGAGCUGGGGUACUCAAGGCCACCGACUCUGGCCUGAAGAGCCUGCAUCCUUGCCAGUAGCUCUGGCCUUCUGGGUCCCAUGACCACUCAGUGCCCUGUCUGUUUCUGUACCCACUGGCCUGGAUGAGUCCACACAGACCGCUACUGUGUCCAGUGUCACAAAGCAACUCUGUGUCCCAGCCACUGUGCCCAGCACAGUGGCCUGUUGGUGGGACCGGAAGCAUUGCUCCUUGCAUGGACUGGGAGGCAGGUGAUAGCCUGAUACCUGCCCAGCUCUCUACCCAGGCUGUUGGCAAAGCCCCAGCAGUGAGGGCUCUGGCCUCGCCUCCCCACCAGCAGGAU